GAACUAAGCCGUAAACAAGGAAGUGAAACAUCUCGUGACAGAGACGUUUGGUUCCGUUAUCUUCUUUCUCCGAUUUUGUCUAAAGUUUGGACGUCAGUCACGAUUGAGGAUAAUUUAGGAAAGAAGGAGCACUUUAUGCGGCACCAACUAUGCAGGAUGUGCGAAAACGUCGAGGCAACAGUUCCCACAGCACUCCUGAUGUCUCUGAGGACAAAGGACCACAAAGGAAAGGCCAGUGCUUCCACUUUGACCUGUGGCUCUGUCUGACCGUGCAGAACUGGAUACUGGACUUUGGAAGGCCUAUUGUUAUGAUCAUCCUUCCUCUGGACUGGUUUCCACUGAACAAACCCAGUGCUGGAGACUAUUUCCACAUGGCCUACAAUGUUAUCACUCCAUUUCUGAUGCUAAAGCUGAUUGAGCGGAGUCCCAGAGCCAUCUCUCGAACAGCUGUCUACCUCUGCAUCAUCACCUUCGUCAUGGGAGCCAGCAUCCACCUGGUGGGGGACUCCAUCAACCACAGACUCAUCCUGAGUGGGUAUCAGCUCCACCUGUCAGUCAGAGAAAACCCCAUCAUCAAAGACCUUAAACCGGAUUCACUGAUAGACUCCUUUGAACUGCUGUAUUAUUAUGAUGAACACCUGGGACAUAUAAUGUGGUAUAUUCCUUUUUUCAUCAUCCUAUUUAUCUACUUCAGUGGCUGCUUCUGCAGCACUCAUGAAGAGAGGAGGAUUACUGUGCCUGGUUGGCUGUUGCUGGGACCAAGCGCCCUCUACUAUUGGUAUUUGGUCACAGAAGGACAAAUCACUGAACUUUUCUUGCUCACUUUCUUUGCAAUGGUUGCCAUGGUAAUGUUUCAACUCCACAAAGGCCUCAGCCCAGACAGCAAUGGCUUGUUCCUUUUAUACAGUUUUAGUGUCACUCUGUUGCUUGUGGCUCUGUGGGUGGCCUACUUAUGGAAUGACAAGGUUUUACGCCACAAGUACCCCGGACUUCUUUAUGUUCCAGAGCCAUGGUCCUACUAUACAUUACACAUCAGAAAGAACCACUGAAAUACAGGUCAAGGAAGUAUUCAGGAAAUGUUGUGCUUUAGAGAGAAUGUCAGAAGUCAGUUUAUGAUACUGCUGUAAACAUUAGACAGUUAAAGGGCCUCUUGUAAUUAUGUAACUGUAUUUUAAUAUUUUGGUGGCAAAAUUAAUUUUUAUUACAACAACUAUGACGUUCUGAAAUAAAUAUUGUUUUUA